AUGUCAACACAUCAUUUCAGAGGAAGUUCCAAAUAUCGUGACUCGCAUCCAAAUCCACAUGACAAAUUGAGAUCUCGUCACCAGCUACCUCCCACUGCCAACCGACCGCUGGUAUCUACAAGGAUCGAACACACCCUAGAAAAUCUCAAAGACGAAGUUGAUAAUCACAUUCCGCUAAAGUCCGCCUGUUAUUCUACUUUGGGCGAAAGCGGAGAAGCCAAAAGCCACGCGUCUGAUGAGGAUGAUUCCGACCCUGAGCGACCACGGAAAAAGCGUACAAUUAGUGUUGAUGGGCUACAAGACACUCCGCCAGUUUCACUCCCUGGUCCCCAUGCUCCAAGAUGGUCUGAUCCGGAUUCUUACACUUCGAUACCCCCAACAAGCCAACAAACGAAUGACAGGGUCGAUAUUUUCAAGCUGAUUCGGGAAUCGAGACUUGGAAAUGCAGCGAAAGCAGGUGAGACUGAUGAGGUGAAAGAGAAUUUGGAUUUCAUUGCUCUCGGCAUGAUACCAGAAAUCGAACUUGAGAGAAACGCUCCCGAGAACGCCCUUGACAUACCUCCGCAGAGACAGACAGGCAGAGGAAGCAUUGGUCCUGUUUCAAGGCGAAGUCGAAUCCGUCGGGGUAUGGUUAAAUGCCGCUCUCGAAAUACUAGCAAGCUUGGAAGCAGGUGCAAACGUGACGGAUCCGUCAUUAAGAAGUGGAGACCACAGUCUCAAGAGACAGGCACCCCUUGGCUUGAACCAAUUCCGCCUUGCUUGCCCAUAAAAUAUCAGUCAGUAUACUAUUCGUGCUCUGGGUUAAUUGGAUUAUUCCUUCUCAUGCGAACUAGGUUAGAUUACGAGAUUAUCAGCUUCUACAACUGGGUCAAGCCACAAGACUUCGAGAACAUUGUCCGCAGAGAUCUGGUCGAGCGGUUGAAAGCUGCAUUUCAAAGCCGAUAUGCUGGUAUUGAAAUCCACAUCUUCGGCUCUUUUGCCUCUGGUGUCCAUCUAUCUACCGCCGAUAUUGACUUGGUGUUACUGUCAGACAGCUUCAGACACACAGGAGUGCGUUCAUUUGGCGAGAAGAAAGGGGAACUACAUGCAAUUUCUGAUUUUCUAAGAAGCAUUCAUAUCGCUCUCCCUGAUUCGAUCGAGUGCGUUGCCCAUGCUCGAGUGCCGAUUGUGAAAUUUGUUGACAGCUUGACUGGGCUGUGUGUCGAUAUGUCUUUUGACAACAACAGUGGUUUGAUCGCCGCCGAGACCUUCCAAGUGUGGAAGGAGCAGUUUCCUAUAAUGCCCGUGAUUCUGUCAGUCGUCAAGUUUUUCUUGUUGAUCCGUGGUCUCAAUGAGGUCCGAAGCGGCGGACUAGGAGGAUUUUCUACCACUUGCUUGGUCACAAGUUUCCUCCAGCAUUUACCUCAGCAACCUCUACAGCCCACUCUUGGAAGUAGUCUCAUGCAUUUCUUCAACUUUUAUGGAGAUCAGUUUCGAUAUGAUCAGGUGGCGAUCUGUUUGAAUCCUCCGGGAUAUUUCAGCAAGAAAUCUUUUGGAAAUCCGAAUCGUCUCACUAUUGAAGAUCCAAACGAUACGUACAAUGAUAUCUCCAGUGGGGCAAAGGCGACCGACUUGAUUUUCCGUAUCUUCGCUGGUGCUCAUACCACUCUGAAGAAUUGUUUAGAGUCCCUCACUUCCGUCCAAAGCCCAAACAAAAGCAUUUUGGGGUCAAUAAUUGCAGCGAACUUUGACAGAUACACUGAACAACGCAACCAACUUCACCGAGUCUUCAUGACAGAAGAGAGAUUUGCUAAGCACAGGAUGUCUCCAUCGCCGCCGUCGGAAUCUUGGCAUGUCAGCGGAGUGCGUUCUGCUCCCCCGCCGCUACCUGUUGGGCCUCCGAAUACACAAUUCCUCGUGAUUCCAGUGCAAAAACCUCGGAACGACGCAACAUCCAAAUCGAAAUACACGAGAGCCGAAUCAGAAGACAAUCCUGAUGAGCAUCUUAGCGAAACAAAGCUUGUCAAGCCUCGCAGGGGCCAAAGAGGACCACAAGCUCGCGGGUGGCGCGCAGCAAGAAUGAAACGCCUCAGACCUGAUCUUCAGAAUCUACCCAGCUCGCUCACAGUCAAACAGGCUUUGCAGCACGGUGGAUAUGCUACCAACGGGGAAAUGAAACGUGAUUUGAACUUGAGGGAACGGAAACAAGCCGCGGCCUGA